AUGACGACGUUCAGAUUUUGCAGAGACUGCAACAACAUGCUGUAUCCCCGUGAAGACAAGGACAACCAGAGGCUUUUGUUCGAGUGUCGUACCUGCACAUAUGCCGAAGAGGCGGGGACGCCGAUGGUGUAUCGGCACGAGCUUAUCACAAACAUUGGUGAGACUGCGGGUGUAGUACAGGAUAUCGGGUCGGACCCCACGCUCCCGCGGUCUGACAGAGAGUGCCCACGCUGCCACUCGCAUGAAAACGUAUUCUUCCAGUCGCAGCAGCGGCGCAGCGACACGUCGAUGGUGCUGUUUUUCGUGUGCCUGGGGUGCUCGCACAUCUUCACCAGUGACCAGAAGAACAAGCGAACGGCUUUCAGCUAG